AUGCCAAUCCACUUCAUUCGCGGACGCCUGCACGUAGGCUACAGGAAGAAAGACUGGGCCUCUGUGUGGUUCGAAAAGAUCAAAGUUUCCAAUGCCAGAAACAGGUCAAGAUCGAACACUGCCUCUGAUGAAGGAACCGACGCAACCUUAGAGCCUGUCUUCAAGUUUACGAUUGGCAGAGGCAAUUCGCUCGAACUUCCAGUGGACGGGGAAAUCGUGUGGCUUCCCCAAUUCGAUCCCAAGAAUUGCGAGACCGAGAAAGCAAGUGACAAAAGGAAUAUGCAACAGCGAUUCCUCCAAGACGGACACCGCUAUCUCACCGAGCGCGACCCUGCCGGGGUGCAGAAAAUGGAGCAAGACUGGAACCUCCCUACCUUCGCUAGGUGGAACAUGUGGUUUGAGGACGCGAAGAAGUGGAGGAAAAGCCAUGUCAAGCAGAAGCAGCGGAGGAGGCAAUGCAGGGAGCAAACAGCUCGAGCUGAGGGCGUUGCAGAGGUGAACAUAGCAGCAAGUGUCGAUUCGGAUACGUCUGAAGAUUCGGCAUACGAAAGUCAGGAGGAGAGGACUGGUGGACCUGCGCGAGUGUCGAUGGAAGAUAUGCCGCCGCCAGCGCGUCCAAACAAGCGCCCAAGAUCGAAUGGAGGUGUUGGGGCUGGGGACUUUGGAAGUACGACCAGCUUCCCUGGCGCUCAUCGCCAAGCAUACCACUUCAUGAGUGGAGGGCUUGGGAAAGUGCGCGGCCGGCCAUUUACCAUGAGCGGCGGGCUCGGAGAACCUUUCACGAUGAAUGGAGGCGUCGGAAACCCAGCAAUCAAAACGGAGGACAAAGAUGAUAUGGACACACGCGAUCCGACUAUCCAAGGAACCCCACCGACCACCAUCCAGCAAGACUGGCGCUUACCGCUGUCCGCGUCGUCCUUCGGUCCUAGGCGGCGUGGCAGAAGCACGAGUGCCAAUCCGGCGACGCAGCGCGAUCCACUUGAGGACUAUGGCAACGGCGAUGAUCAUCCUGGAAGCGAGCUUGCGCAACAGCAGAGAGAUGCCUUCUCGGACGAUGAGGCCGCGCUGGAUGAGGCCAUCCGCCAGAGCCAGGAGCCGGAGCAUCAAAUGGGCCCCUUUCAGAAUGAGGAGGAGGCUUUGAAUGAGGCCCUUCGUCAGAGUCGUCGGGAGUGGCCAGAAGAAUGA